CCGCCAACGACUCUCCUAGACCUUGGAUUUCGCGAUUGCGUCUGCACGACCUCAAUCGACGAUCUCAGAGCUUCACCCACACACCAAUUGGCGCUUGUACAUCCAAAAUGGCCUCUGGAUACGGUCUUCACGGAGGCCCGUCGCGGUGCUUCCCCUUCUGGCAGGAGCUACUUGGCUGCUACGUCGUCAACACCACUGGCGAGGACCACUCGGGAAAGAAGAAGUGCGGCUUGGCACUGGAGGACUACUAUGAGUGUUUGCAUCACAAGAAGGAGGCUGCAAGAACGAGGGCGCUUCAGGCCGCCUACCGAAAGGCCGAGUCGGCCAGCGCACGAGACAACGCGCCGAGUGCGGGACAAAUACGCAACCUGGGACUGCUCGGCAAGGAGGACGACACGAAGGCCGUGACAGGGUCGAGUUGAACAGGAUGAAAGCUAGGCUUAUGCAGGAGGUGAUACACAUGUACAUGGCGCGAACCGGAUAGGUAGCUGCUGCCAGCAGCGAAUGGCCAACCAACCAUUUCUUUCUUACGCAUCUGGACCAACGGGGGUGGGUGUUCUAGGUGGAGCUGAUAUGGGGUUGAUUUUGCCCAUCCUCC